CUGGUUCGAACUUUUGAAGUUCUCACAAAACAAAACUUGCAACAAUUAAAACGCAAAACAACAAAACACAAAUACAAAUUACCACAAAUACGUCAAAAUGAUGAARGCCGAUGAACAAACUUCUUUUCGYUUCCAAUCCGAUAUGAGACAGUUCGGAGGACUCCUCAUGCUUAUGUCUUUUUGCCUCUUGAUCAUGCCGCUCGCAAGCAUCGCAUCUGCYUUCGGACCCGAUGGUGCUAUGAGCAAAGAUCCUAGUWCCAUUCCAUUCUGGGGCACGGUUGCUGGGCUGUGUGUCUUCAUUACCGGAACACUGGGCGUUCUUGCUGGUUACAUGGCCGCCAUACACGAUUGGAGUCACCGCUAUCUCACCAUUGUCCUCAUGUUUGCCAUCCAGACCGCAUGGAUUGGAUACAUUACAGACAUGACCGCUGUUGGCAAGGGAUCCACGAUGCCAGCCGAAACAAACGGCUUCAUUCCACUAGCCUAUAAUCCAGAGGACGUCGACGUCAGGUUUGUGGGAGCUAUGGGUAUCAUUGGCAUCUUGUGCUAUGGAUUUGCUUUUGUCGGAUCCAUGGCAUUCAUGGUUUGGUCUCUUCACGCUUAUGCAAAUAGCGAGCCAGGAAGCCAUGGCGGAAAUUAUUUCAAAGGACGCAUGUCGUUCUAUUCCAUUGUCUUGGCAAUCGCUGGAUUAGUUCAAUUUCUAUUGGGAGUCUGGUGCCAAGCCCGUUUCGAUAUGAAUGUUCUAACAGAGGGUCCUGUCGCCGUUGYCUUCCUGGUCAUCAGCUACCCCGCCAUUGCGAUCUACAUCGGCCUGAUGCAAAUUGCCAAUGGUGCAUGGGGGGUUGCCCGCGCUCGUGGUUACUUUCAGAAGAAGAACGUGUACCAAUGGUCGUUGGCAUUCCAGUGGGUCAACGUUUUGGUCUUGCAGGAUCUUGUCCAGGUCUCCUACGCCCCCGGUGGCACAUUGGCCCCUGUCGCUCCAACGGUAGCCGCGUUCACUCUUGGCCUUUCCCUCAUGCCUGCUUACCUCGAUCACAAAAUGCUUUCGUUGCCCGAGGAAUUCGACGAGGACUACUACGGAGACAUCAACGCCRGCCACAAAUCCGCCAACGAGGCACCCGAGAGCGCUGUCUAAUCCGGUUGUUCGGAUGUCUCAUUCGGACGCACCCCCGGCUGAGGCACGAGUCGUUGCGAUGCGGGCCAAAGCUCGAACUUUGCCACAUACUGGGAACAGAAACCGACGCCGCGUUGAUGUAAACCAUGUGCGUGUGCACGCACCGCCUUUGUCGGGAAGGGCAUCGAAUCGAGAAAACUACAUGUAUUGCACGCAAACAAUUAUUGUAUCGGAAGUCAUUCAUCAGAAAUUAGAGAUCUACAAAAUAAGAAACAGUAUAAUCAAUAUUAGUCAUAUCG